AGUAAGUGUGUCGAUUGAAACUGUUUAUUUAACGUACGAGGGGUGAUAUCAACUUCUUGAGCUCAGGCAGUUGUAGCAUGCUGUUCGCUGAUCCGGAUGAAUCGGUGAUGGUGAAAACAUAUGGGAUAUCCACGUCAAGCUAAGCGGAUGGAAAAUGAAGAGUGCUAAUCGAUUUUGUCUGUUUGUGAUAAAUAUUUUUAUUGAAACAGCCUGUGUCGGUUUUCUGUCGAGGUUAAGUUUGCAGUUGUACUACCAGAAUCAACAUCAACGUGUGGGAAUAUAAUUAUCAAUAUUUUCGCAUUAUAUGUUUUAUUCCGGAAGUAAAUUUGCAAUAAUCAUUAAGAUAUAGACUAUCAUGCAGAUUGAGAUAUUUGCCUGAACCCCAUGAAGCAUGGCUUUCGUUAACUGUUAAGUCGCUGUGUUCCACCACUCGAGAUCAGAUAGCCUUAAAACUGUUCAUAAUCUGGAAAGGAAACCAAAUUAUUUGAGAGAGGAGUGUUUUAUUCUGUUGAUACCAUGAUAACACUUUUGAUUGAACCAAGGCGUUAAGGAAGCUUUGGAUUUUUUGUUAACACAGUGAAUUGAAUGUACGUGUUUCUAUCAGGAUACUUAACAAAGAUCGUGGUAAUGGCUAAAUCUUAACACAAUUUCAAGACACUAUUUAAUGUUAAAUAUUGAAAUAUAUAAAGAUUCAUUUAUAGGGUUACAAUAGUUGAUCAUGCAAACCUCAUACAAAUGUCAACCUCAACCACUACAAUGUAUAAUCAAACCGGAUCAAUACAAAGCAAUGCAACAUUUCUGCUCAUCGAAAACGAAAACGAUCAACAAAGGGUAUUAUAUCUUCCAACAUUGGUAAUUCUUGUAAUCUUAAUGAUGAUUGGUUUGCUUGGGAACGCGUGCGUAGUUGUGGUCUACAAACUGAAGUUCAAAAGGUCAAGUGCCAGGGUGUACAUUAUAUCCCUGGCCUUGGCGGAUAUGUCAGUGUGUUUAGUGGGUUUACCGUACCACAUCAUAGAUCUGACGUAUCCUUUUAAUUACCCAAGUGUUGUAACAUGUAAGAUUUUAAGCUUUCUAAUAAGUUCAUGUACUUUAAGCUCGAUAUUAAUAUUACUUGUAGUUGGAUUGGACCGUUAUUUGAAAGUGUGUCGUCCAUUGAAAAAGCAAAUUGUAGAUUUUGGAGACAGAAAAGCGUGUGCAAUUGCCGCAAUCAUAGCAAUGAUUUUCUCCUUGCCGUAUGUGUUCAUUUAUGGCAACAGUUCGGUUCAAAUGAGCGUGGACGGCUAUAACAUAACCGGAAGUGAAUGCUUCAUUGACGACGCGUACAGUGAAUCUGAAGAAUCCGUUUUGGGGAUUGGAUAUCUCAGUUUUAUUAUCCUCCUCUUCGUUCUUUCGGUUCUUUAUCUGCUCGUGAUGUAUGGUCUAAUAUUUCGCACUAUUCGAAGAAUGGACGAUGUGAAUAUUACUCUUCAUAGAGCGAAAGACAGUUGUUGCUGUAGAGUAUACUCGGAAAGCAUCUAUGACCCAGAUGAAAAUGCGGAUGACGAAUGUGUGGCAAAAAUAGAAACAGUUCAUGUUGAAACGCAGUUGUUACCAACAUAUAAUGAUACAGAUAAUGAUUUGAAGGCGGCCACUGUUACGUCUGCAAGGUCUGUUGAAUAUAAAGCUGCGGAUGACGAAUGUGGGACAACAAUAGAAACAGUUCAUGAUGAUUCCCAUGUGGUACCGACAUAUGCUCCUACAAAUAAUGAUGUGAACGCUCUAUCAAAGAAGGAGGCCUUGGUUACGACUGGAAGCACCGUUGAACAGAGAUUUGCGUUACAAACUGUUGAUAGGCGAUUCAAAAAUCCUACAAUCAGUAAGACCACGUCUAAUACCCUUGUCCGCCAUACUAUAUCAGGAACAAAGGGCAAAGAGAAACAUACACGAAAAAUUACUUCUAUGAUGCUAACGAUAACGAUAGUUUUUAUUGUUACAUAUUUACCGUUUAUAGCAAUCUCUAUGGUGGACGGAAUAGAUGAUGACUUUUGGAAUGCUUUGUCGGACUUUGAAGUCGUGUUCUAUGAUCUGAUCCUAAGAAUUUAUCUUCUAAAUAAUAUCGCCAAUCCGAUCAUCUACAGUUUCAUGGACGUGAAAUUUAGAAGAGAGGUCGUUAAAAUAUUUAAAGGGAUUUUCGGGUGUACAGUCUGCGAUAAAUCGAAUCAACAAGGGACUGAACAUAGCUCAAGUAACAGUCCCCAACAUACAACAACUUUCAUUUUGAAAUAGUGCUUUAACCUGUGUUUAUCAAUAUCGUGUAAAUAUCUACCAUCUACAGUAUUUGACGCUGACUAUACAUUGAUUGACAUAUAACAUGAUGCAAUUACGUGUUCUUAUAAUUCUAGUCAUUAUGCAGAUAAUUAACAUAUUGUAAUUUCAUUAAGUUAUUAUAUAGUUGUAGUGAAUGUAUGCAAUCAAAUAGUGGGUAUAAUGCGUGUACAAAUAUUAUUUAUACAGUAUCACGAGCCUCGUGUCAUUUUAACAAGCUCUAGAACUUGUAAAUAUAUAAUAACAAGUUAAGACGCUUGCUUUGUAUGUCCUUUUAUUUAUAAUGAAUAGUGCUUUACAUUUGUAUUAAUUAAAAUUGUACGUUCUGCCGUAUCCAUUUGUCACAUGAAUAAUGCAAUGACUGCUUAUGAACACAUGUGCACGACAAUGAGAUUAAAGGGACUUUUUUACCGAUUUUUGUAUGUAUUGAAGUUUGUCAUUGAAUGUAAAAAUUGAUAAAUGUAAACAUUACAACUAAAUAGCCCCAGUAAAAAAAAACAAGAAUACAAUUAAAGACAGAAAAAUUGGGCUCGAGCCACUCACCCUUGGAGUAAGAGUAUACCACUUAAAACAAUCGGCCAUCCGUUCUCAUACAGCCAAUUGUGUAUUUUCAAAUUUAUAUAAGCAAUCCUUGAAGUGCCACAAAAUAUAACGAUAACAACAGAACUUUCUAAAUUAUUCAAUCGUUUGCGUUGGCUUUAUUAUUUUCAUUUUUUUUAAUAACCAAUUAAUCCAACGAUGCAUAUAAUAGAUUUUUAGAGCAUGGUUAACGUUCAGUAUUACUGUUUCCUCGAAAAUAUCAUAACUUCAACGCAAAUUUGCGAUUCUGAAACAAUUGUCAAUAACCAAAACGUAAAAAGGUCCCUUUAAGUUCUGCACAAAUAUAUUUCAACAUAAGUUUAAACUAGGUUAUAUCGUUGUAUUGGAAUUGUAUGUACGACGCUUUGUUAUUGAACAUAUUUUAACGCAAUUAAAUUCAAUGAUGUAUAUUUAAAA